UCUAGCGUAAACAUAUGUACAUUUAUGUGUAAACGCAUGUAAAGCAAACGGAAGGUUUAUCCUGGAUUUCCACGGCACUCACGGGUGUCGCGGCAACGAAAAGCACACGAAUCCCACGGGCAACGCACCAUGGACGAAUUUAUUAAGACGCUGAUUGCCGAGGUCAAGUCGCAGGGCGUGUUCGACGAAUUCCGCUUCAACUGCUGCCUGGCGGACGUGGACACGAAACCCGCGUACCAGAAUGUGCGCAACCGGGUGGAGGCGGCGGUCAAUGAUUUCCUGGCCAAACAGCACUGGACGCCGGAGACCAACAAGGUGCAGCUGCGGGAGAGGCUGCGCAAGCACCUGCUCGACACCGACGUUUUGGACAAGGGGGUGGACCAAAUCGUGGACCAGGUGGUCAACCCCAAGGUGGCCACGAUAUUCGAGCCAAAGAUCGAGAGCAUCGUCUACAAGUACCUGGGCAUCGUACCCCCGCCGCCGCCGCCAGCGAGAUCCACAUCCACUAUGCUGCCCGCUCCACCUUUGCCGCCAUUCCCUGGCCACAUGAACGGCGGCAGCAGCACAAGCAGCAGCAGGCUGCUCAAUGUGGAGACCACCGCUGGCCUGCUGCCCACCGAUCUGGAGCAGAUCAGUCCGGACUCUGACCGGGGCACCGUCAAGUCGGAGGCCAAGGACGAGGAACUGCCGCCCGGCGUGGACGACGAGGACACAUCGCCAUCGUACGAGCCCGUCCACGAAGAGAAACCACUUGUGGCCACCAGCAAGGAGGAGCUUAACAAUGGCUCGCUGAACAACUCGGAUUCGAUUAACGGCAUCUCACAGGCGUCGCAACUCUCGCAGGUGUCCAGCGACAGUCGCCUGACCAUCGCCUCCUCCACGGAAUCCGUGGGCGAUGCCCAGCAGCCCAUGGGUCAAGCACCCCACAACAGUGGCGAACCGGCGAACAUUUGCGAGGAGGCCCAGAUGCCAAAGUUCAGCGAAAACUCCAGUGACACCAUUGCUGGAGCAGGUGACAAUGGCAGUCGGCAGCUGCACUUCGACAUUAAGCAGGAUGCCAUUACUUUCGAAGGUACUGAGCGAAAUAACUCCGUGACGAAGGACACGAACGGUGGCCCACCGAUUCUAUCCAUCGAGGAUGCCAUUAUGUCGGAGGUAAAGGCCAACAUAGACGAUGCCAACAAUGCCAGCAUUGAGUCUAUAGUUGAACCGGAACCCAUACCACCGCCUCCUCCGGCGCCGCCCACAGUUGCGCCACCUCCUCCUCCGCCAGCCCCUCCGAAAGAUGAGCACCCGCCCCCUCCUGCGCCCCAACCACCAGCACCACCUCCAGUGCAGCCACCUCCUCCGCCAGCGCCUCCCAAAGUUGAGCCAUUACCGCCAGCGCCUCCGGCAGUUGAACCUCCCCCAACGCCACAACCGGCAGAAACCAGUAAUGGAUUCCUUUCGGAGGAAGUUGUGAAGCCAAGUGUACAGUUCGAUGCAGUGGAUGCGGAGAUAACUCAGCCCACAACGGCAGCCGAAGUCAAGGAAGAUAAACCUCCAGUGCUCGCCCCGCCAGAAGAUGUGGAGACACCUAAAGAGGACGCUAAGAAAGCCAUGGCAUCGCCCAUUUCCGUAUCGUCGCAAUCCAAGAGCCAUUCAAAGUCCAAGGACAGAGAGAAGGAGCGACGACAUCACAGCCACUCAGAUGAUAAGCAGCGACGCAGGAGCAGAGAUCGGGAUCGGGAUCGUGAACGUGAUCGCGAUCGUGACCGCAGUCGGGAUAAAUCGCACAGCAAACAUUCCUCGAGUUCCAGCUCGAAGCACUCCUCAUCGCACUCAUCCAGCUCGAAACAUAGGAGCAGUAGCAGCUCCAAGAACGACAAGAGCUCCAGCUCAUCCAGCCGAAGUAAUCGCGAGUCAUCCUCAUCCAAACGCUCGGGCACUUCAUCUUCAUCUUCUCGCCACGAGUCCUCAUCCCACAAAAAACACAAAUCCAGUUCAUCUUCAUCGCGAUCGGAUCGGGAUAAAGACAAGGAUAAGGAAAGGGACAAGGAUAAAGAUAAAGAUAAGGAUAAGGAUAAAGAGAGUCAAAAUCGCAGCCACCACAGCAGUAGCAGUUCAUCAUCGUCGUCGAGGAGAAAAGAACACGUUAGAGGGCGAGAUCGUGAUCGCAAUAAAUCCAACUCGUCCGCCAGUGCGGAGAAUAAAGCGAUCCAGGAUGAUCACAACGAGAGCAAGUCGAAGCUUAACCAGCGACGGAACUCGGACUCCAACGAUGAGGGCAAGCCACCCAGCUCUGGUGGUCCGGUCAAGAUGCCCCAGAUGCCACACGAAAAAGCAGAUGCGGAUGCGCCAGUGGAGAAUGGUAAUAGCACGAAUGGAAACUCCAACGGUGGCCAAAACGGUGAGUGCGACAGUGCAAGCGGUGUUGUCAUUGUCAGCGACAUACUCCAGCAAUCGUCGACCAGUUUCAUUGAGCUGACUGCUGGUUCCCAGUCACAUAGGCAGGAGGAGAGCAGUAGGCCUGUGUCCAACGAUAUGGACGGGAGAAAAGUCGAGAAUCAGGCAGAGAAACUAGAAACGGAGCCGGUUUCGCAAGGUGAAGAGCCAAAUGCAGAACCUCAAAUUGCUGACAAAGAAGCUGAAUCGUCCGUACCUUAUUCCCCGGUUGAGGAAAACAAUGAAGGCAUUGCGUUGGCACUAAUGGAGAAACCCCAAGCUGCGGAGAGCACACAGGAGGAUCCUCCUGAACCCAGUCCACUGGAGAAUCUACCGAACGAAGCCGAAAUGCCUGCCCCAACCACACCCAAGUUGAAUAAGCAAAGUGAUACAUUAGUUGCCGACUUUGUAACCCACUUCGAGGAAAACACAGAGGAGUUCAAGGCACGCCUGCAGCUCAUCAAUCAACUGAUCGAGGAUCGCAACAAUUUACUCAACAGGCUGAGCGCGGAGGGAUCAAAGGAUGAGAUAGUUGAUGUACGUGCUCUGCGAAGGAGCAUAUCCAAGCGAAGACGGAGCAGCUUACAGGAGCAGCAACUGCAGCAAGUGGUGCGGGAGAUGACACCACCGCCCCGGAUUUGUAGUCCGAGCAGCAGCAGCAGCACCUCCGGCAGUCCGGCGAAGAGGCUAAGGCGCGACGAACCCAAGGCAUCGCCCACGCCAUCAGACGCCAGUAUAAACUCCAAGGAGAACGAGGCUUUGGAGAAACAGGAGCAUGACGCCCUGUCCGCCAGGCGACUCAGCAAGAAGCUCUGCCAGCAGCAGCGGUACACCAACGAUGAUCUCUACAAGCCCCGUCCAAUCCUGUCGCAGCGCUCUCGUCGCCGGGGCCUGGAUUCAAUCCUCUAGCCUCUAGCCUUCAGCUAGAAUGAACACACACGAACCAACUGUUAUCGGAAACAAUAAAAGGCAAUUGUUGUUAAAAUGCAUUUGACAUAAAACAA